AUGAACAUCGCCUUUGCGCAUCCGCCAAACCCCUGCCCCCGAGCCGUUCACGCUGUCCCUAGGGUGACUCCGCGCCGCCUCCGCGCCCGCCACGCGCUCCCCACGCUGCGUCGAACGCGCCCGCGAAGCCUGCGCCUGUCCGCAGCCGCGUCUCCCUCGGAUGAGGACCGCGCCGCUGCGGCCGCCGCAGCCCCGUCUAGCCGAAAUUCGGAUACGGCGGAAAGCUACUUGCAAUGCGUCGAGUGCGCUGCGGUGUACGUCGUCGAGCCCGAGGAGCUCGAGGGCGCCCCGAGGGUAGUCGGCUGCUCCGCCUGUCUGCAUGAGUGGUAUGCCUCGGAGACUGACUUGUUGUGGGGGGAGGAGGAGGCGCUUUCAGCCCUGGCUGCCCAUGCUUCGUUCGAAGCUAAGUCGAAGACAGUCAAGUCGGAAGGGGAGAGGGCCAUUAAUGCAGCGAAGGGCGUUGGUACUGCCAUGAAGAAGGACGUGCCAGCUCCGGCGAUGACUGCAAAGACGGCAGAAAAGAACAAACCAGGCGGGGAAAAGGACGGUGCACCAGAAGCUGCUGUUUUGAGUAAGGACCCGACGAGGGACUCGCCCGGAGAGAAUCGGAGCUCUACUUCAAAACAGGAAGCAGACAAGGAGGGGCACUUCAAUGUAUUUGUGGGCAAUUUGUCCUUUAGGGCCACCGAGGAAGAUCUCUACCGCGCCUUUUCAGGAUAUGGCGCCGUCUUGAGAUGCCAGGUACCUGCAGACCAAUCUGGAGCCUCUCGGGGUUAUGGUUUUGUUGAAAUGCGUACCCGAGAAAGUGCUUUGAAGGCCAUCGAGUCGCUCCAGGGGACGAGCAUUAUGGGGCGUGAUGUGUCACUGAACGAGGCUCGCCCAAGGAAGGAAGGCUUUGUGGCCAAAAAGCAGCAAUCGAGAACAGGUUGGUCGUCGCGUGCUCGAAGCAAUUCGAGGGAUUUUGCCAGUAGAGCUUCAGGAGAUGGUCGCACCUCGCCACAAUCUGGGUUUCGAAAAGAUAGAAAGCAGCAAAAAGAAGGAACCAAGGACCGCUUGAAAUACUCUAAGAACUCAUGACUGCGUGCGUGGCUUGCCGUCAGCGUCGGUGUCGGCGUCUUUUUGGACUCUUACCGUGGAUCUGGCAGAACAGCUGGCUGGGGUGCGUGGCUUGUUUAUUGAGCAGCGGUACUUAAUGUAUUGUUUCAAACAAUUAACCCAAACGGGAGAGGCACGGUUUGCAAUUGACAUAUGGUAAAUCUCCGAGCUUCCAAAGGGGACAUAGUAUGGAGCACAUUUCAAUAACUUCAAUACUUGCAGCACUUGCUAUUCGUGUGUAGCAUAGACCACGAUGUGUUAGAAGGGAGAACGCUCGGGAUGGAUGGCAGGAGGAACGGACGGCGUUUGGUGUCAUAAAUCGGCUCUUUAACGCAGCUUUGGGUCAUCCACGUGGCGAUGCUACAGUACCCACAAUUCCUACCGCAUACGGGAGGGUGCUGCACCGACUCAGAAAAAGAGGACACUGGGAGCCUCCGGAAAUUAUUUUUUGUGUCAGAGUCAUAUUUUUUGUGCACAAAAACUGAGUUUCGUCACGGAAAUGCUUGGGCUCACAAUGUGCGUCCCCCUACCUAUACGCACAAUUUGUACUCACUGGACGCCGACGAUGACGCCGUCAAAGCUCUAACUAGAGAUAAUUUGGAUUGUACGCGCGCGCAUUUUGGCAUUUGUGCGAUACACUUUUAACCUAGCAUGGGGUUGCCCGUCCGAGAAAACGGCGCGUUAUGUGUGCACAACGCGCCGUUUGCGUGUUAUAAAAUCCCGAUUUGGUCA